CCCAGGAACGGGUACCUUCCCUACUUGCUACCAGGCAGUACCGGAGACCGCCGUGCCCAGGGGUUGGAGAACUUCAAGGGAGCCGGCUCCGGCUGGCAGCGGGAGUGUGGCACGUCCCGGGCUGCAGACGCUGGCCAUGGCUUCAGUCCCCACCGCUGAGAGCUGGACCGACGGGGCGGCAGGCGUGGGAACGCAGGCAGAGAACCUGAGCGCUGGGUUGGGGGUCACUGAGUGGCUUGCGCUCCAGGCUGGCAACUUCUCCUCGGCUCUGGGGCUACCGAUGACAUCCCAGGCACCUUCCCAGGCACGGGCUAACCUCACGAACCAGUUCGUGCAGCCGUCCUGGCGGAUUGCACUCUGGUCGCUGGCCUAUGGCUUGGUGGUGGCUGUGGCAGUCUUUGGCAACCUCAUCGUUAUCUGGAUCAUCCUGGCCCACAAGCGCAUGAGGACCGUCACCAACUAUUUCCUGGUAAACCUGGCUUUCUCCGACGCCUCCAUGGCCGCCUUCAACACCUUGGUCAAUUUCAUCUAUGCUCUUCACAGCGAAUGGUACUUUGGCGCCAACUACUGCCGCUUCCAGAACUUCUUUCCCAUCACAGCGGUGUUUGCCAGCAUCUACUCUAUGACAGCCAUUGCAGUGGACAGGUAUAUGGCCAUUAUCGACCCUUUGAAACCCCGACUGUCUGCCACGGCCACCAAGAUUGUCAUCGGGAGUAUUUGGAUCUUGGCAUUUCUACUUGCCUUCCCUCAAUGUCUUUAUUCCAAAAUAAAAGUCAUGCCAGGACGUACUCUUUGCUAUGUGCAGUGGCCAGAGGGUCCCAAGCAACAUUUCACGUACCACAUCAUCGUCAUCAUCCUGGUGUACUGUUUCCCAUUGCUCAUUAUGGGCGUCACCUACACCAUAGUUGGAAUUACUCUCUGGGGAGGAGAGAUCCCAGGAGACACCUGUGACAAGUACCAUGAGCAGCUGAAGGCUAAGCGAAAGGUUGUAAAGAUGAUGAUCGUUGUUGUGGUGACAUUUGCCAUCUGCUGGCUGCCCUACCACAUUUAUUUCAUUCUCACCGCCGUCUACCAACAGCUGAACCGGUGGAAAUACAUCCAGCAGAUCUACCUGGCUAGUUUCUGGCUAGCAAUGAGCUCAACCAUGUACAAUCCCAUCAUCUACUGCUGUUUGAAUAAAAGGUUCCGCGCGGGCUUCAAGAGAGCAUUUCGCUGGUGUCCUUUCAUCCAAGUGUCUACCUAUGACGAGUUGGAGCUCAAGACCACCAGGUUUCACCCCACGCGGCAGAGCAGUCUGUACACCGUGAGCAGGAUGGAGUCGGUGACCGUGCUGUUUGAUCCCAAUGACGGGGACCCAGCCAAGUCCAGCCGGAAGAAAAGGGCGCUGCCCAAAGACCCAAGUGCCAACAACGGCUGCUCCCGCAGAGAUUCCAAAUCUGCCUCCACCACGUCAAGCUUCAUAAGCUCACCCUAUACCUCUGUGGAUGAAUAUUCCUAA